AUGUUGAAAAAGUCUCUGUUAAGUUCGUUCCUGGGACUGUUUCUAAUCAUCGCAGUAAGCAAUGCUUACGAAUUAGAACAAGUAGGGGUUGAACUGGAGGGUGGCCAUAUCGCCAAGCCGGGCAGGUUCAAGCAUCACGUGUCCAUUCAAAUCCUCAGUUUGAAAGACGGUUGCACUUACCACGCGUGCGAGGGCGCGAUACUCGACGAGCGGCACAUCAUCACCACCGCUUACUGCGUCGCCGAUAAUGCAAACGAGAGUCUCGUGGUCGUGGCCGGUGCAAGAGAUUUGCGCGACAAAAAGGCCGGCCUGUAUCACGAGGUCGAGUACACCUACGUGCCCAAAACGUAUCGUUUUGUGCUCUAUGGUCUCGACGAUGUAGCAAUUUUGAAGUUGAAAACUCCGUUGCCCCUGGGUACAGAUUCAAGAAUACAGGCAGUCAAAUUACCCACCGCCGAUUAUUCGAUCGAAAAAGGCCCGUCGUUCCUAAUGUCUGGCUACGGCUUUAAAGAACAGCACGCGAACCGCACAUUGAAGCGGUCAUAUCCCAGUCCAGUUUUACGGUUCGAUGUUCAAUGGAACCCUUUCAAUGACAAGCAAUGCGAUGCCAAUAAUAAGGAAUUCUGCACCAGACUCAACGCGCAAUCUAAUUGGACGACUUGCAAUAUGUACGACGGCGCUCCGCUCGUCUAUGGGAAAUACGACUCAAAUAAUCAACGUGUGUAUACCUUGAUCGGUAUUUUUAAAUACAUGAAUCCAUAUUGGUGCGGAUCUUACACCAAACACACCAAAGUCUCGGCCUAUUUGGAUUUCAUCAAUAACGUAAGAAACCAAGUUCUAAACGACGUGAAAUCUGAAAAGUUACCGACUGACGAUUAUCCGAAUAAGUUGCGGCGGUAUCCUCAGUGCAAACUAUAG